AUGUUGUUCCAUUUCUUGCCAGGUACCACAGAACUAACAGGAAGCACAAAUUUGAUCACCCACUACAACUUAGAGCAUGCCUACAAUAAAUUCUGUGGCAAAAAGGUGAAAGAGAAACUCAGCAACUUUCUGCCUGACCUGCCAGGAAUGAUCGAUUUGCCAGGCUCACACGACAACAGCAGCUUGCGUUCUUUAAUUGAAAAACCUCCCAUCUGCGGUAGCUCAUUCAACCCUAUCACUGGGACCAUGCUAACAGGGUUUCGUCUCCAUGCUGGCCCGUUACCAGAACAAUGUCGCUUAAUGCACAUCCAGCCACCUAAGAAAAAAAAUAAACAUAAACAUAAGCAGAGCCGGACGCAAGACCCCGUCCCCCCAGGUGAGAAGUCUAUUUCUUAG